GCCGCCGCGCCGCUCUCCGGCUCUGGUGGAGAGCGCCCAGCUGGAGCGGGAGGCGGUGCGGCUGUAGCGCCGCGGGGAGGGCCGCGCCGGUUGCCUUGUGCAGCCGCGUCUCCGCUAGCGGCCCCGUGCCGUCCCUGGGGCACUGUGCAGUGUUAGCCCGGGACUAAAGCUGCCGGCCUUCGCGGGUGGCUGGAUCCGCGUCCCGCCUCAGCGCCCGGAGGACAUGCGGGAGAGAGAAUGAGCCAGAGGGACACGCUUGUGCAUCUGUUUGCCGGGGGAUGUGGUGGUACAGUAGGAGCUAUUCUGACAUGUCCACUGGAAGUUGUAAAAACACGGCUGCAGUCAUCUUCUGUGACACUUUAUAUCUCUGAAGUUCAGUUAAACACCAUGGCUGGAGCCAGUGUCAACCGAGUAGUGUCUCCUGGACCUCUCCAUUGCCUAAAGGUGAUAUUGGAAAAAGAAGGGCCUCGUUCCUUGUUCAGAGGAUUAGGCCCCAAUUUAGUGGGGGUGGCCCCUUCCAGAGCAAUAUACUUUGCUGCUUAUUCAAACUGCAAGGAAAAGUUGAAUGGUAUAUUUGAUCCGGAUUCUACCCAGGUACACAUGAUUUCUGCUGCAAUGGCAGGUUUUACUGCAAUCACAGCGACCAACCCCAUUUGGCUUAUAAAGACUCGGUUACAGCUUGAUGCAAGGAACCGUGGGGAAAAGCGAAUGGGUGCUUUUGAAUGUAUUCGUAAAGUGUAUCAGACAGAUGGACUUAAAGGAUUUUAUAGGGGCAUGUCUGCUUCAUAUGCUGGCAUAUCAGAGACUGUUAUCCAUUUUGUUAUUUAUGAAAGUAUUAAGCAAAAACUACUGGAAUAUAAGAUUGCUUCUACAAUGGAAAAUGAUGAAGAGUCUGUAAAAGAAGCAUCAGAUUUUGUGGGAAUGAUGCUAGCUGCUGCCACCUCAAAAACUUGUGCCACAACUAUAGCAUAUCCACAUGAAGUCGUAAGAACAAGACUACGUGAAGAGGGAACAAAAUACAGAUCUUUUUUUCAGACACUGUCUUUGGUUGUUCAAGAAGAAGGUUAUGGGUCUCUUUACCGUGGUCUAACAACUCAUCUGGUGAGACAGAUUCCGAACACAGCCAUUAUGAUGGCCACCUAUGAAUUAGUGGUCUACCUUCUCAAUGGAUAGCAACUUGGGGCUGCUGUACUAUGAAGAGGGAAGACCAAAAGAUGACAGUGGACCAUGCAGUAUCGAAGCCAGCAUGGUGGACAGAAGAAAAUAGCUUGGGAACAUGUAACUAUGCCUAAGGGAAAGUUUGGUUGUAGGAAUUAAAGUAAUUACAACCGCAUUACUUGGUCUUUUAAGUAAUGUGAAAAAAACCUAGGCUGCCUCUAAGAAAAAGCCUUUAGAAGCACUACUUCUUUCCAAAUUGCCAUUUUCUCUACCAUGUCCCCGGGACAUAGUUGGAUUUUAUUGAUUUAUGGCAGAAUAUAGUGUUUAUUCCAUGAGCACUUUUCCAGUCUCCUAAUAAAGCCAUCUCUAAUCGUAUAAAUAUUACAACUAUCCAAAGAUAGUAUUGACAGUCAUAAAUGUCUUACCUCUGGCUUCUGUGUAAUUCCUGUAAAAUUGUAAAAUAACAGUAAUAAGUGAGAUCCUUAGUAUUGUUUUCACAUUUCCUUGAGAGGAUCUGGAAUAUUUUAAAGUUAAUUAUUUGGCAUUAGUCGUUACUAGUUUUGACAGCCAAUGAAAUAGUAUCUAAAUAUCUUGCAUAUUUUUAGCUUUAAAAUAUUUGGUUUCCACUACUAACAGGAGUUUGAUGUUCAGCGUAAUAAGGACACUUAAAUUGUUGGUUAACAUAUCAAAUUCAGUGGCAAUAGUUUGGUUCAGAAGAAACCGGUAAGAUGUUGACUCUUGGCCAUUUCAGUCACUUGAGCAUUUUCUCCUGUCUUUUCUGACUCUCUGAUGUGUGAAUGACUGCAGUUGUCUUUUCAGUGGUUUAUUAGUUAUGAACUUAAAUUAUCAUCCAUCAUACCUUGGUGUUCCUUUCUUAAAGUGAAAAAAAGUACCACUUCUGAAUCUUUUCUCUGUUUGCUUUCACAUUAGGAAUUUGAACCUUUGAGUUAUUUCCAGAUGAUCAAUAUAAAUUGCAUUUAUUUUGUAGAGAAAAUGGUAAUUUUCAGCUUUGCCAUAAUAGGUUUUUUUUUUAAGGUGGCAUUAUAAAUAUCUGGGGCAGUAUAAACAUAGAAAGGGGUCCCUCUGCCAUCUGACCGAACAGGCAGUGAUCCUAAUUGACUUACAGUUUUGUAAAUGAACAAAUGAACUGCUAUUGACAAGAAAUGUAUGUUAUCCUAAUUUCUUGAAUGGUAAAUCAUAGAAAGAUUCAAGUUAAUUCAGAUUAAGUGUGCUAACAGGAUAUAGCUUUUACAUUUUGCUAUUGAGUUCACCUCUACCUUUUAAUACUUAAAUGUAUUAUAUGUAUGGCCUUUAUGAAGAUGUUUGCUGUAAUUCUGUUAAAAGACUUUGCAUAUGGAUGUUGCUAUACUGGUGUAUAAAACAUCUACAAUUAAACUCCAACGUGGUACUCAUUUCAGUAUAGAUGAACUGUACAUUUUGUGCAAUGGCUUUAUCUUAAGAAUGACUCUUCGUGAAUGCACUUUGUGGCCUUUUUUGGGAGGUGGGAUAAGAGUAAGAGAGAAUUCCACUUUAGGAAUUUUUUUUUAAACAUUGGUCGUGUAUUAGGCAGAAACAGUGUUCAACAAAAUGUUUUUCUGGGUUUUAGAUACGGUGUUUUGGAGAUCUUUAAUACCAUAAAUGUUUUACAUAUUCUAUGUAUGCUCUAGUACCCCAACCAUAAAUUGUAGCACGUCAUUGCAAGCUUACUCUGCUGUCACCAAUGAAACAGUACCCUCUUAAAUUCCUCACCUUCUUAACUCCUUAUAAUCAACAGUAACUGGAUGUUUUUGAGGUGCUUUGAUUGGAAUUUAAAAACAUUCCAAUCUCUUUGGAGACCAAAGGCAAUUUCCAUUUCAUUACCUUUGGGAUUAUUCAUACCUUUAUGGUGACUUUUAGCUUUGACAUUUAUUGUGAGAAACAUGCCAAAAAAAAAAAAAAAAACAACCAACCCAAUAAUAAGGGUUUCUAACUUAAAUCUGGAGAGAAGGUCUCAAUCUAUAGUGUUUGCCUUUUCAGGUGCCACUUAUACUGCCUAAUACAGUGCCAUUUGCCUUGUGAAGAUGCAUAAACAUUAGUUGUGUUGAAUGUAGGACAGAGAUUCUCCAUAACUGUAAUGAUCUCAGUACAUCACAGCUGAUUAAGAAUGACAUGAAAACCAGCAGCUAAGGAACAUCUUAUUAUUUAGCUGUAGCAAAUUCAUACAAGUGUCCUUCAAGGAUGAACAUGUAUUCUAUUCCGGUUUGUAUUUAGCAAGUGAGACUUGAUGUGUUGACCUUUAGUGCAUUAUAUUCAGCCUUUAAAAAGUGAGUGUUCUCUAUGUACUGGAAGAAAAGAUCUUAGAGUCUUAGACUUUGUUUCUUUUUGCAACAACUGGAAAGGAGCAAUGAGGCUUAUUUUAAUUUUUUUCCCCAAAGCACAAUUUGCUGUAGUUUACUUUAUGUAUGACAGAGAUAAUUUAAAAAAGAAAACUAUGUAAAAGUUGUGUAUAAAGUUUGUCUCUGAAACAUUUCUUUGGAGAUUGUUUUAGUUGAUGCAAAUGUUUAAAAAAAAACAUACUUAAAGGAUUGCAUUUUUUUUAACUGUUUUGUUUUCAUCUAUUUUCUAUCAGAUGACUUUUUAUUUCUAGCUUAGAGAUAGGCAGCACUCUUCAAACUGGUCUGCACUUUUAUUAUGCAGUCUUCUCAGAAAAUUGAAUUGAACUUAAACAAGUUAAAGCAGUAGAUACUGAAAGAUACGCUCAUAGAGCCCCAGAUACAACUUUGGUACCUGUAGCACAUAGACCGUUUCCUAAAUCUCAAAGUCCAAAUCUGAGAAUUACCAACCCUGUGACUGGGUACAGUACAAUGCUUUUAAAUCCAGGAAAAAAACAAAAAAACUAUCACCAAAGCUUUUUCUUAAUUUUCAUUAUGUAUGUAACUUUGUGGAACCAACCUUCCUAGAUGGGGCCCACAAGUAAUAAUAUAACUUUGAAACUAGGAUAGAAUAUUGUUAGAUUAAUCAGCCUUUUGUCUCCUAAAACCUAAUGCCCAAUGUGGCGUAGCAUUAUUGUAUUAGGACCAGGUUGUUAAAAAUGAUGAGUGUUUACUCUUUUACUGGAGUAUAAACAUGUCAGCUUUUUUAGAUUAUUUGAAAUCACUAAAAAUACCAAUUUGAACUUGAAGGAUUUAAGUGCUCGAAAUCAGUCUGUCCUUUACUCUUCUAGCAUUGUUCCUGCCUAUCUUUUGUUGUUUACAUGCUCUUCCGCCCAGACUUUAGUACUGUCUGCUGAUCAUGACUAACAUUCCUAAGAAUAAAGGUAUUUCUGAAUGAUCUAAAUUAGAAGGAAUUUUAAUUAUAUGAAGGUGUUUAAUAUAAUGUACUUUCUGCCCAUUCAUGUCUCAUCAUGCCCUAUACUUCUUGUUAAUCUAAACACUGCUUUUUAGAAUACCCCUUUUAGAAACAAAAUUCUGGUUUCAGUUUUUAUGUUAAAAAACAUUUGAAUGUGUACCCCUCAUAUGUGAACAAUUAAAUUAUGAUCUAUUAGUCAUAGCUAAAUCAACUUCAGAGGAGUUGGUAUCUUUUGACCAUUUAUGUAAGGUUUGCUAUUCUUGCAUUUUGUGUACAUGGCUGUAAAUUAUGUGCAUUUAUUCUAUUUAUGUUAACUAGCUGCAUUUUAUUUGAAUUGUUAAAUUAAAAAAUUAAAAUAUC